AUGGGUCCAAUGUCUCCCUCGACUCCCCGGCUUCGGGUGCUUUCUGUUGGCGGAAAUGCGAUCUCGGCUUUCUUGUCCUGGAGGCUUCAAGCCACAAACGCCUGCGAUGUGACUUUGGUAUGGAAACAGAACUAUGAGCAUGUCGCGCAAUAUGGCAUCUCAUUUAAGUCAAAAGUUUACGGCAAUGAACGGUUCAAACCACGUCAUGUUAUUCGCCAUACCGACGAAGCUCCUUCGAGAGAGCAGUCCUACGACUAUGUCAUUCUCUGUGUCAAGGCGCUCCCAGACCUCUACGAUCUCGGCGAAAUCAUCCACUCCGUCGUCACUCCUGAACACACCUGUAUCAUCGUGAACACCACAAGCACUCUUGGCAUCGAAUCCGAGUUGGAGCAUAGAUUCCCAACCAAUGUCGUUCUCUCUCUGGUCUCUGGUGUCGACAUCGCUCAGACUGGCCCGAGCGAAUUUGACCACACUGCGUCUAGCGAUGUCUGGGUGGGCCCCGCUAUUAAAACUGCAACGAUCCCGUCAACUAUUCAAACAGAUAUGGCAACCGCAUUGUCGAUUACGUUAGGCACAGGCCAGGUUAACUGCAAGGUGUCUAAAAACAUUAGACAAGAGCAAUUCGAGCGCAUGAUCGGGCCGAUCGCUUUCCAUCCGGCGAGUGUUUUGUUCGAAACCCCUAACUAUGCACAGCUCAUGAAAAAAGUUGGAGUACGACAAUUGGUGUCUGGCGUGAUUGAUGAAUUGAUAGCUCUGGCUAAGGCUCUUGGCUGCAGCUUUCCUGAAGAUUUCAGGGAGACCACGAUUUCAAAUAUGGUUUCUCAGCCCGAGAGCCCAACCACCAUGUAUCAGGAUUUCAUGGCAAGACGACCGAUGGAGGUGGAAACUUAUCUGGGUUCUCCAGUCAAACUAAGUAUCGACACCGAUGUUAAGAUCCCACGAAUCGAGACAGUCUACGCCAUGCUUCAUCACCUUAACAGCGUGAACCAGACCCGUGGAAAUGAGCCUACGUCGCCAGUUGUAACGCACCCCCCUAGGAUGUCAUCAGCAGCUCGUCCCGGUGUGAACAAUGUGCGGAACGGUGGCCGAAACUACCCUUCUCCACAAAGUGUGCCCCCUCCGAGGCGGGGAGGUCCGUCCAUGGGAAACCACCGUCCGCCGAAUGGACUUCCGCCGCCACGCGGUGCACCUCCACAGCGCGAUGCGCCAAUGGAAGACCACGGAUUGGAAGAAUUUAGCCACGUUGUUAAUUAUGAAGCCGUUGCUGGUGACAUCCCCCCAGGUGGCCAUAUGAAUAGUCUCACAAACGGAGGUUCCUCGCACGCCGAUCUAGCACUCAGAGAGCGUGAACUACGAAUUCGACAGCGAGAGUUGCAACUGAGAGAACAGGAAUUAAACAUGAGACGCGGUCCGCCAAGUAGAAGAAUGUCGACCACUCGCGAUACACUCGACGAUGGUGACGAUGGGGAUUACUUCGAUGCACCUCCACCUAUGCCCCAAAUCGAUCCCGAUAAUUUUGACAUGAUGAGCGUUACAUCCCGCAAAAACAGAAAGGUACCAAGUAACAACGCUGGCCAGUUUCGCAAAAACCCCGAGAUGGCUGCUGGGCGUCCCCCUUCCGCUUUCAGUCGCGCAUUUGGUAUGGGGAGGAACCGCACCAGCGCCCGAAUUGUCGAAGAAUUUCCUGGCAUGCACGAUUCAUUGCUUGAUAAUCCGAUGAUAGGAUAUUCUUCGAACCGAUAUGGAAGUGUUGAUCGACGAGAGAUGCAAGCAGAAUCGAGAGCUAAUUCAUUAACUGCCAGUCGGAUUAACGAUUUAUCGCAGGGAGUAGGGCACGGGCCAUAUCCACCACCGAGCAGACGCACCAGCCAGUCUCCUGGUCAAGGGUUCCGGCCCAAUGGCCGUGGAAUGGGACGUACCUCAACAGGCAUCGACGGCUUUAACGGACAGCCGAAUGGAAUGGGUCAUCCCAAUCGCCGAUCACCACCGGGAAUAAUGAGAGCGCCGGUCCCAAGACAUCCAGGGCAGCCCAAUGGGGCCAUGCCACAGCGAGUCGAACAACAAGUUGGGGUGAGCAAUUCGAAUCCUGCCAAAAGGCAUACAAACGUUCGAAGUCUGACAGGAAGUGCGAGCGCUAGCGCGGGGAGUGGUGAUAGUGGUGCUAGUGUCAAUAUCGACUCUGAAACUUCUGCUCACAGUAGCCAGAGCAGUCUGCCACCUUACCAGACGCUCCAACAGCCCGGCAACAAAUAG